AUGUCUUCAAAAACAGCGAAGCUUAUGAGAUGGCAUGGAGAGGAAAGAACUGAUGAUGGUGUGUUUAGGCAUCCUGCAGACUCUCUUGCAUGGAAAGAUUUUGACCAAAAACACACAAAUUUUUUGGGAGACAUUCGCAAUGUAAGGCUUGGGUUAGCAUCAGAUGGAUUCAACCCAUUUAGGUCUAUGAAUAUAGUUCAUAGUACCUGGCCUAUCAUAUUGGGGCCCUACAAUUUACCACCUAUGAUGUGCAUGAAGCAGCCCUUUAUAUUUCUAUAUGUUCUUAUUGAUGGUCCUAAGGCACCCGGUGAUAAAAUUGAUGUCUACAUGCAGCCACUCAUUGAAGAAUUGAAGGAAUUGUAUGAAGAUGGUGCAGAAACAUUUGAUGCAUUCAGCAAUGAAAUGUUUCAAAUGCAUGCUGCAUUGUUGUGGACGAUUAAUGACUUUCCUGCCUAUGCUAACUUGUCGGGGUGGAGUACAAAAGGUGAAUUUGCUUGCCCAUCAUGCAACUCCGAAAGUGGUUACCAGAGGUUGAAAUUUGGUCAGAAAGCUUCAUACAUGACUCAUCGACGGUGGUUACCCUAUGAUCACAAGUAUCGAGCAGAUCUAAGGUCAUUUAAUGGCAAUACAGAAUAUAGAAGCAAGCCUAAAACAUUAUCUGGUGUUGAUCUUCUUGCACAAUUAGAAUCAAAUGGUGUUCUUACAAAGUACAAGCGGGAAGAUCUGGAGCAAAGGAAGGUGAUUGGGGUGCAAAAACUUGAUAAUGAUCCUUUGAAGAAAAAGAAGCAUAAUUGGAAGAAGAAAAGUAUAUUUUAUGAGCUUCCAUAUUGGAAAGACAACCUGAUACGUCACAACCUUGACGUGAUGCAUAUAGAAAAUAACAUUUGUGACAAUGUUCUUUUCUCGAUAUUAGGAGUUGCUGGAAAAUCUAAGGACAACUUGAAUUCUCGUCGUGAUAUGGAACUUAUGGGAAUUAGACAGCAGUAUCAUCUAAAGAGGAGAGAGUCAGGUACAGAGUAUGUUGAUCCAGCUGAGUUUGAGAUGAACAAUAAGGGAAAAGAUAUGUUCCUUUCAGCCUUAUCGGGAUCAAGAAUGCCAGAUGGAGCUGCUUCCAAUAUUGCACGCCGAGUACAUUUACAAGAUCGUAGUAUUGGAGGUCUUAAGAGCCAUGAUAACCAUAUUCUAUUACAGCAACUUAUUCCUUUAUUUAUACGAAGUUCUUUACCUAAGAAUGUGGUUCAAGCAUUAAUUGAUCUAGGCAGAUUUUUUAAACAGUUAUGCUCAAUGGAUAAUUGUGUAGCAGAUCUAGAAAAGGCUCGUGCUCGCAUAGUGCUGACACUUUGUGAGCUUGAGAAGAUAUUUCCGUCAUCAUUCUUUGAUAUAAUGGAGCAUUUACCAAUUCAUUUAGCUGAUGAAGCAUUUAUUGCUGGUGCUGUAAUUUUUCGGUGGAUGUAUCCUAUUGAAAGGUAUCUAUUGACCUUGAAAGAAUAUGUGCGAAACCGGGCUUGUCCUGAAGCUUCAAUGGCUAAAGGUUACUUGAUGGAAGAGUGCAUGAACUUCUGUACUUAG